AUGGAGAGGGGGCCACUGUGUGUCCUGGUGCUGUUGCUGACUCGGGGGAGCACCUCUGGGCAGGAUGGAGAGUACUGCCAUGGCGGGGAGGACAGCUCACAGCUAUGGCAUAAGGGCUUUCGGUGCCCAGAGCACUACGACAGCCCAGAGGCUACUCUGUGCUGCGGCACCUGCAACCUGCGCUACUGCUGCUCAACCACAGAGGCCCGGCUGGACCAAGGCUUGUGUCCUAGUGAACAUCAUCAGACCAGUCCCAAGCCUCCAUCAGUGCCCAUGUACUUACCUUUCCUCCUUGUUGGGUCCAUAUUUGUGGCUUUCAUUGUCAUUGGGGCCUUCAUUAGUAUUUGCUGCUGUAGAUGCCUGAAAUCCCAGGAUGAAGAGCAGCAACAUGGGCCUGCACCAAUCCAGAGUCAGCUGCUGGAAGCUGCUGCUCCUCCUUGGUUCUCCAGUUCCAGUUCAGCCACCAGACGCUCCUUGGGUAGUCAUCCUCAAACAAACAACAUCUGCCUGAGCAUAGCUGCACCUUUUCCCAUCAUAGGGUCCUCUCAAGGAGCCCAGUUCUUGCCUCCUACAUCAACCAAUGGAUCCCUUUUGCAGCCUGUGUGUACUAAUUAUGGAAUACCAAUGGAUCAUACUAUCAUAACAACUCCAGCAUCUUUCCUUAAUAGAGCAGUCUAUGGACAAACUUCUUACUAUCAUUUUCCUGUAAGUGCCAUGCAUGGUGACCAAACAACGUACUCAGGAACUCAUGUCUAA